AUGUGUCCCUUGUCCGAUAAUCUUUGCAUAGCUUGUGCUAAGCUCGAUCUCGGAAAGCUGUUGGCCGGGGAGACAUCCGAGCAAGAAAUUGGCCUUUUGUCGCAACAUCGGAAUUCAAAUUGCCCCUUUUGCAAACUCAUAGUUACCGCAGUUUCCAGUGCGGGUUGGAACUUUGCAGAAUCCAAGUCAACUGGGAAAGAUGGAAAUGGUACCCGAACGUUCAUCCAGAGCAGGAGUCCCCUGUCCGUCAAAAAGUACGGGCAUAUACAUCAUCCGGAGCCUCGUCUCCAGCUGGCCGUGGACCGGCAACCCGAGGGUUUCCAGCGUGGAAGACCCACUGUACGUGAGAUUGAUCGGAACACAAAACGAUUUAUCGUGGCGGAGCUAGAAUCAAUUCCCGAAGAGGGUGAUAGGCGAUUUCUCCAGCGACGUAGUGUCGGCGAAUUUGUCGAGGCUACACUAGUGGCGGAAUGGCUUCGCGAGUGUGACAACCACAAGCACUCCAUACGGAUGCGCAACAGAACCAACGGCCUAUUUCAUGACGAGGGUGGUUUCCUACUUAUCGAUGUCAUCGAGGAGAAGCUUGUGCGUAAAACCGAGCCUUGUGCGUAUUCGGCCCUGUCGUACAUAUGGGGGGGCGUAGAACCCUUCCUCACGACGACUAAGAACAUUGACAAGCUCUGCAAAGCCGAGAAGGCACUAUCGCCAUCUCAUCUGGACUCUCUUGGCACAUUAAAGGUUCCCCGCACUGUACAGGAUGCCAUGGUGUUCACCCGACAACUAGGCAUCAGAUACGCCUGGGUCGACUGUCUAUGUAUUCUCCAGGACAAAGAAGAUGAGAUCGCUCGCCUUAUCGGGCGCAUGGACGACAUCUACGAUAAUGCGGCCGUGACCCUCAUUGCUGGCUCGGGAUACGAUUCUCAGACGGGUCUCAUGGGGGUAACACCAAGACAGGGAGGGCUACCCAUUCGAAAGACAGCCAUUGUGGAUGGUCAAUGCCGCAAGGACGCAGUCAUGUUAAAUCUGGCCAUCUGCCCGCCGUCUCUGUGCGAAGAGAUUCGCCGCUCGGCCUGGAAUACCCGCUGUUGGACAUACCAGGAACAAUGCCUCUCGCAGCGAUGUCUCUAUUUUACACCUCACGAGGUCUUCUUCAACUGCUGUGAGAUGCAAUGUCGCGAGGCCUACGCACUGCAGCACCGAAGAGGGAAAGAGUACUCGAACCUAGAACUGCGUACGGGCCCACCCUGGUGGAACCGCAAACUUCGCAAGGACCUCGACCCGACUCCGUACCGGUACAUGGGAGAGCUGAAUACCAAUCGACUGGACAUUUGGGAUUACCAGACGGCGGUGCAGGAUUACACUCGAAAGGAGCUCAAGUACGAAGAAGAUGUCUUCAAUGCCUUCCAGGGUAUUUACAACAGGUUCAGUGUGCAAGAAGAACAGAGUCUUCCAAUCAGACAGGCACAAGGGAUUCCAGCACGCUUUUUAUGGCAGGCAAUGCUUUGGUUUCCCUCUCAUACUGCGAAGAAACGAGUAGCCCAGCAUGGGAGCCCUUCCUGGUUGCCCACCUAUUUUGCCUCAUGGUCAUGGGCAUCCUGGAUUGGCUCUGUUGAAUUCGUGUUCGCCGAGAGCCUCUGGCUCUCCAGGAACCUAAGCCAGGCAUUGCUGAAGAAAAGACCUGUUUAUCCGGCCGUCCCUUGCUGGUUUUAUUCUGACGGCCCCAGCAGGGAUCACAGGAUUAACAUGAGCAAGAUUAGAUGGUCAUGUAAGGCUUGGAAAGAGGCAGGCCAGUCACCGCUUUCAUCCCUGGAGUUCCACAAGGCGAAGGCAUUUCUAGAGAAACGGCUCGGACUGGACACUAAUUUGCUUUAUCGCCGGUCCUUGUCAUUUCCCACUGAUCUCAGAACCCAAGAAGGACACCUCCACUUCUUUUGCGCAUACACAUCAAGCUAUAAUAUUGCUGCGCAUUGUAACGGGCAAGCACACCAGUUGAAGAUCGGCAAGGCAGUUGGAGAAUUCAGGUAUGACAGCUUGAAGGAAAGUGAAAAAGUCGAAGAGCUCGCGCUCCUCGUUGCGGCCGAGUCAAUUACGAGCCCACCGUAUACGGUGUCCAUAUUACUCGGCCUAGUUACCAAGGAUGGGAUAUCGCGGCGAGUGGGCUUAGGGUAUGUUAAUCACGGACUAAGCUCGGAUCCUCUAGAGGUCCAUUGGGAGUAUAAGGAGUUCCGACUGGCUUAG